UAUAAAAUGAAUUUUUUUCAAAUAGUUCGUUAAAUAAUCGUAGAUAACUACGAAUGUUGGUAAUGAUUUCAGUGUGGAUUUUCCUUUGUUAUUCUUACUUCGUUAACGGAGUUAAAGUUCCCAGCCAAUAACGAAUAAAAAAAAGAAAGGAAAUUUUGUUUUCACGAACAGUUACUCGCCAACUAUGUUGAUCGACUUACCUAUUUGUAAAUGAGAUGGUUUUGUGUUGUCACUUACACGUGAUAAUUGUUGUGAAAUGUGCUUUUUCCCGGCAUUGAUGAAUUAAAUCAACACGCGUAAUCUUUCUUUCCAUACGAUUAUAUUUUAUUAAAUUAAAUAUAUUUUUCUGUUCUGUUGAGUAUAUUUACAAUGAAAAUAUUUUGUUUAAUUUACGUGCGUUUAAUAAAAAAUAUAUAAUGGGUUAACCUUAUGUAUUCAUAUAUUUUGUUUAUUAAACUAUUACGUAUGUUUUCGUAAAAGUGAUAAAAGUAACACGUAAUAAUCAUUCAAAGAUAUAUUUAUCAUUUAUAUACAUUAUUUCGAUUAUUUGAUUAUCAUUAAAAAGGUAUGAACAUGUUAUCGGAAGAUUCGAUACCUUUGUCCUUACCUGAUACACAAAACAUAGACGCUGUGACUCUUACGCAGUCUCAGGAUUUACCUGUUUCACAACAAACAGCUAUGACUAUUUGGGGGAGGUUAUGUCCAAACAAGCUUCCUUUUAAACCUUUAGAAAUGACUAAGGACGAAUAUACUCUCGGUCGUGCAGAGAGUUGUGAUAUUUGUGUGAAUUCUAUAGAAUUUAGAGCUAAGUGGGUGAGUGUAAUAAGUAAAAUACAUUUUAAGAUAAUCAGAGAACAUAUUGGUGGGAACACUAAUGACUCGGUAGUAUACCUAGAAGAUCUUAGUCAUAAUGGAACUUUUGUUAAUAAAGAAAGGGUUGGAAAUCGUAAACGAGUAAUAUUAGAAAGUAAUGAUGUGAUAUCUCUUGCACAACCUUAUUUUGCAGUGUAUAUAUUUAUGAGUACAACUGCAUUUGAGGGUAAUGAAUUGCCUAUAGAAUUAAAGAGUAAAUAUGCAGUUUCGCGUAAAUUGGGUUCAGGUGCGGGUGGAGAAGUAAAAAUGGUAUUUACCAAAAAUGGUUGUAAAAAAUUUGCAAUGAAAACUAUAGUUAAAGCAGCUAGUAAUUCAAAUGGAUAUAAGCAUCCUUUAAAUGAUCCUGAAAAAAUCAUGAAUGAAGUUAGAAUUUUGAAAGCUUUGAGGCAUCCAUGUGUGAUUCGUAUGGAAGAAAUUGUAGAUACUCCAAGUACUGUAUAUAUUGUUCUUGAAUUAAUGGAAGGUGGAGAGCUGUUUGAAAGAAUAACAAGUAGGGGCAGAUUAACAGAAAAUCAUACCAAAUUGUUAUUUUAUCAAGUUGUAUUGGCAGUUCAUUAUCUUCAUGAAUGUGGUAUCACUCAUAGAGACUUAAAGCCUGAAAAUAUAUUAUUGGCAAGCAAUGCAGAUAUAACUUUAGCUAAAGUGUCAGACUUUGGUUUGUCAAAACUAGUUGAUGCACAAACCAUGAUGAAAACAUUUUGUGGAACACCAAUGUAUGUAGCACCUGAAAUAUUGUCAACAGGUGGACGUGGUUCAUAUACAAACAAAGUCGAUAUAUGGAGUUUAGGUGUAAUUUUAUAUGCUUGUUUAAGUGGAGCAGUUCCAUUUAACAUUACAUGUAAAGAAGUUACUUUGCAAGAUCAAAUUAAAAGAGGGCUUUAUGGGUUUCCAAGUUCUAGAUUUGGACAUGUAUCGGAUAAAGCUAUCGAUUUGAUUAAACGUAUGAUGACAGUAGAUCCUAAGAAACGAAUUACCAUCAAGCAGGUGUUAUUACAUCCUUGGCUACAAGAUCAUUUUAUGCGUAAUACUGUACAUUCAUUAAUUAAUUAUGAUAAGGACGAGAACUGCCCUCCUAUAAAUUUACUUACAGAUGAUAGAUACAAACAUGACACGUAUGCAGGUCUGUUGAAACGACCAAGAAUAGACUUAUAGAUAUUUUGACUAAAUACAGCCUGCUAGCGGGUCUAUGUAAUUAUUAGUACAAAUAAUGAAGAGAGUAUUGACUUUUUUUAAAUAAAAUAAUUAUGUUAAUCACACAAGGAAUAGCGUAAUACGUUUACCUUUUUCUAUUAUUGAAUGAUUUUGUUGUGAUAUUUGUUUGUAUGCUCCAUAUAAAUGUAGUGAUGUGUGUACAUAUAGCGCGUAAUCUAAAAAACAAAUUUACAUGCAACAAAUAAUGCAAUCACAUUUUUCAUUAACAACAUAUGUGGUGCUUGUAUAUCUGUGAUUUAUACUGUUGAUUUUUUCAAUAAGGAUUUAUAUGUGAUUUCUAGUUCAUGUAUUUUAUUUUGACUCAUUAUCAUGUUAAUAGAAAUAUGUGUUAAAAUUCUAACAUAGAAAGAAACCUUUAUCUCUAACAUCUUAUGUUAUCUCUGUUUUGCAUAUAUUUUUAAUUAAUUUAAAAGUUUGAUCUACUUUAUAGUGGGUUUUCUUUCAUCGUGACAUAGUAAUAAAAUAUCUUGUAUCAUUUCAUUAUAAAUAAUUUAAGCGAAGUUUCACAUAAUAGAAUACGAGCAUAUGUGACAAUAAAUUUGUUUUGUUGCGUUAUUUUUAUGUUUGUUUUUACUUGAGUAUAGUUGGUAUAUCAUACAUCCAAAAAAUAUAUAAUUCAACCUGCAAAAAACAUGUGUUUAAACAGCACAUUUAUAAAAUAUACCAUUUUAUAAUAAAA